GGACAUUGGAUUUCUGAGCGGCAACGGCUUUUGACAUCUCAUUACUCGCUAGUAAUUCAUCAUUGGGCGGUUCUUGAUAGAAUGGAUGGAUACUUGGUGAGCUGCGGCAUUCAUCCUUGACUGACCGAGAUUUCAUGAUGGAUGGACACGGCAUCAACUGUGACAGUCCAGGUAAUGAAUGACUGUGACAGACAAGCCAUGGUGUCGUGUCGAAUGCUCACCUGACGUCUCCAGACCCGAAAUGUCCAUCCAGUCUUUAAUUUCUAUUACCCAAUAUUGUGCGAUCCCGAGCUAAACAAAUGCCCCGUGCAUGAGUAUGAGGUGCCAAACACCAACACCAACGUCCCUGGACUGGCCCCAGUGGCGCCGCUCCUUAGCUUCUUUUCUUACUUACUGUUGCUCAUCUUUCGGGGUUCGCCUUGAAUCUUGCCUUUCCUUUCCUUGCCCUGCUUGUCUCGUCUCGGUCUUGGGUCUUGGAUCCCUUUCCCUGGCGUUUGGACCCUCCGGUCCCCGUCAUGAGGUCUCCAUUGAGGUCCCGUCCCUAGUUCCAAUACCCAUUCCUUGUCCUAGUCCUAGUCAUAAUAACUGGUCGUUGCACUAGACUAAACUUCAUGGAGUUGCCUCGUGGAGUCGUUCGUUCGUUUAUAACUAUCCCCAAGCCCCCCGAGCCCUGAUGCGCGAGUCGCUCUGUUUCUUCCUUUUUGAUUCCAGACCAUUUUGACGAUAAGAACGAAUCCUCUGACCUUUAGAUCUUAUCUCUUGGUCACAUCCUCUCCGAAUAUCGCAAACCGUUUCGUCAUCGCUUCUCGCCGCCCUCUAUCGGCCUAAGCUUAACAAUACAGACAGCACCAUAUAACAAGAAGACUCCGGAUCCGGUGGCUAAUAGAACGCCACUGCUAUUUCGUGAAUAUUCUUUUUUAUUCAAACCUGAGAUUUUUGCCAACCGUUUGGUUGGCGAUCUCAUUCCUACCUAGCCUACCUACCUAGUCUAUUCUCACCUGACCUUUCCGUCCUCUCUCGCUGAGGUCGGCCAUUGCAUAUCUUUAUAUCUUUAAUUGAAUGGCCCUCCCUCUUAGCCCCACGCACCACGCGGUGCCUCAGUUUGACCUUUCUGCUCUGCUCAAGGCCAAAAUGUCACGCCCCGAAUCUCCCAACAGCAACAGCGACAAGACUGCUCGAUCGUCCUUCUCGUCUGUCCGAGAGAACGAUGAUGGCCUAGCCCAGACUUUCACCCGCUCAAAGAUUUCCUCCUACACUCAAGGGCCGGAAGAGGUAUUCGAUGAAUCACCCUCACCCUCCGUUGAGAUUGCACAGCCGUCUUUUCAGGCUCCUCUGACGCAGCCUCACAGUCGGCUUCAUGGCUUCUGGUUCCCCGCGGACAACUUUCGCGGAUGGAAGCAGAUCCCCAUCAAGGGCAAAUCCGCCAGCCGUAGCUGCGAGGAUCUUCACAAGCUAUCCAUGACAUGGAGCUCUCCAGCACCUCCCGCCGUCGCUGAGAAGGCUUCACCCAACAGCUACCAGACCGGAACCUCUCCUCUCGAGAGACUCCCCAGCGAAGUUUUGGGUGCCAUUAUCGACCUUCUCGUCAUCGAGAUCCCUCCCAAUGGCCUUACACCACGAAAUGCCGACCUUAUGGCUCUUCUCCUUACUUCGCGAUCUAUUCAUGCUGCGACUCUCAACACACUCUACCGCCACAUUACGAUUCCUCACUCUCGUAUCUUCCGAAAGUUCCUCGCAACCAUCACUGAGUACCCCGCGCUCGCAUCUAUUGUGCGGCGACUCGACUUCAGCCACUUUAACCCCUCCACCAUCUUCUCUACUGCAAGCGAGAGAGCCCAGACUCGAAACCUGACUUCCGAGACACUCUACAAAUGUCUCGAGCUAACCCCAUACCUGCAGGAGUUCCUGGCGCAAGAGUAUAUCGAUGAGGAUCUUGGACCUGAUGUUAUCAAGAAGCUCUUCUUCGAAAUGCCCCGGCUCCAAGCCAUCGACUUUUGCGGCUGCUCCUCUCCUUCUUUCAAGAAUUCGUUCACAAGCCUCCUCCAGGCUCAGUGGCCCGAUUCUUUGACUCUUACCCGUAUUUCGUUCCACAAGUGCUUGAACUUGCCAGGCUCCGUCUUCGAGGCCAUCCUACCCCGACUCGAACGAGCUACUCACCUCGAUCUCGCUGGAACCAGAGUGACCGACAAGGCGUUGCAGAGCUUGCCUGAGACGGCAAGACUCACACACCUGAACUUGGCCAAGUGCCGAGAGUUGACCUCUGAAGUUGUUGUCAAGUUUGUCACAACUCAUCCCGCGAUCAUCCAGACCAUCACUGUCCUUAGCCUUGCUACUAAUGCCAGCAGCCACCUCCUGCUGGGCAAGGCGGAUGUUGAUGCUAUUCUUCCCCGACUGCCCCCUACCCUUCGAUCGCUGAGUCUCAAGGGUAGCAGAAUGGAUCCUUCCCAGAUUCCUCUUCUCACCCCUCUGGUCCAGCAUCUGGAGGAGCUUGCCAUCGGCCGAGGCCUCGAUCUCCGUGACAUCCACCAGCUCCUGUACCAAGCCCAGGAGUGGAUUCCUCACAGUCUCCGAUACCUCGAUAUCUCCGACCUGGACACUAUCAUCGGUAGUGCUAGCGCACUUCUUACCCCCGCCUCCGCCCCGCUGCAGGUUAUCGAGCUCGAAGAGCGCGCAUACGAGCGAGCGGCCAAGGCUAAGAAGAACCUUGAACGUGCAGGAUGGACCCCCAAGGAGUUUGGCAGCCGUUACUGGCUAGUCCGCUUGAACACCGACGGAGCCUCUCUCGACAGCGGCGCCCGGUGGUGGAAGCUGGGCGCUGAGAGCUGGGGCAUGAGGAAGAUCCCGGUUGCGGAGGCCGACGUCGGAGGCAUGUAUGGCACGUUCAUGUUCGGCCGAAGGCUGUAAAAUGCCAAUCUCCGACACCAGUUGCACGGAUCUCUCUACUCUCAUAUCAUUUUUUUAAUGGUGUUAUGGUUUGGUAUUUAUAUGGUUAGAUUUGGGUUGCAUCUUGAUUUGAUAUCCCGGCGCAUAGCGGUUAAACUUAGCGAUAAAAGCAAAGUCAUUUUGAUGGAAAAAAGCGUUCUGAAGCAUGGAUAUGACGAAGGAAAAACGUGUAGAUAAUCAAUAAUGACUUUCAUGAAAUGAUUAAUCUUGAUUGGUAUAA